UACCAACGCAACGGCAAACUUUUUUGACUUUUUGUAACAUUUGUUUGACUUUUUGUCUUGUACGAAUAAUAUUUUUUCUGUUCUGUUUAUUUUUUUUUGAAAGAGCAGUUUUUAUUAUAAAACAACAAGAUGUUUGAAAACGACAUGAAGUUGCCAAAAAUGGAAAAUGUGCGGGAGAGACCAUUGUACGAUUAUGUCUUGGACUACAUCAAAUCCCGAAAUUUCAAUGUCACUUUAAGUAAAUAUUACGAAAAGCUCGGUACUAUCAAUUGUGGAGAUCCGUACAUAUUGCUGGAUGAUGCUAAAGAGACAUUACGAAAAACGGAAAAAAAUUUGAGCAAGCAAAGGAAACGCCAAGAGGAGAAAAGAAAAGUUAUAGUAAAGGAGUACGAGCUAUUUGAAGAGAAAGAAAAAAUAUUUAGAAACAAUUUUUUAAGAUUUGAUAAGUUUAUAAAAGAAAACAGAGAAAAGCGCGAAAGAGGCAACAUAAAGAUGGAGGAAGAAAAACUUUUAAUAGAGAAAAGACAACAUGAUACAGAGGAGAUUCAAGAAUCCUACAAGAAAUUUUUCGAAAUCAAAUUGAAACUAGAGGAGGGUAUCAAAAAGCAUAACAUCUAUCAGAAAUUUUUAUUGAACUGUUGCAACGAAUCCGACAGUUUCUCGCAACCUGUUGAAAUGCUGGAAUGCUACGAAAUACUUCUGGUGACAAGGAAUGUUCUAAUACAGAAACAGGCGAAUGAUUUAAUAGCCUUGGAAAAUGCAAAAGCAAAUUUGGACAAGUUGGCUGACGAAAAAAACAUGUUAAUUAUAGGCCUCAACACGAAAAUAUUUGGUCUGGAAGCCAGAUACGAAAACUCUAGAUACAGAUCUUUGGUGAACGAAAAUUUAAUCAUGGACAUUUUUGAGCGGGCUGCAGAACGCAUAUCUGAAAUAGCCUCCACCAAGCAAACGAUUUUGCACAUGUUCGUGGAAAUGAAUAAGGCCAAGAAUAUCAAGAAAAGUUUCAAUCCGGAAGAUUAUGAAACUCAAUUGGCCAACAUAAAAGGAACACUGUCUACUUUUUAUAAAAUGAAUAAAUAUUUUAGGAAAUUUUUGCAAACUGCCAAACCACCAAACGAAACUUAAUAUAUUUUAAGAAUCUUUAAUUUUUUUAAUUUAAUCUUGACGUUAAGUAGCGUCGUACAGAGUAAAUUGUUAGUUUGGGAGUGCUAUUGGAAGGGCG